CAUCUGUGCCCCUGAUCGCUCCCUUCCCCCUCCCGGCUGCUGGAGGCUGAGAGAGGCGCACACAAGGAAAAGUUUCAGGAAGUCCUGGUACACCCUCAUCCCACCGGAUCACUAGAGCGUAGGGUUUCCCACUACUUGUGUCAUGAUGAGCUGUCAGGGGGAAAAGGGGAAUCACCAGGAGAUACACUUUCGCUUACAUUUAACAUGUCUGCUGGACUGGGAAGCGAAGAAUUUGGAGUAUUAGAAGAACAUUUUCCAAUGAAGGUACCAUCAAAAGAAGGGUUCUCAUCCAAAUGAAGGGACAUAAACUGUGUAUCACUUUUAAAAGUUGGUUAACGUUGGUUCAAAGAACUAGAUAACAUUUACCCAGACCCCACACAGAAUAGCCUUAUGCUCUCUUAGCAAAGCCGGUAUCUCGAAGGUUCUGUAUUAGGGCUUCCUGAAUAUUUGGCUGCGUGAUGAUGGAGACCCAGACUGCCCCAAUGCCCCACAUGGGGUCUCAAGAUAUUUAUGAUUUCUGCGACGACGGGGAAUCCCUUGGGAGGCUGAAGCCAGUGGAGUUGCCAGUGGAGAAGGCUGUUGCCGGUGGCGGAGGCCUUGGUGGCUCUGUUGUCGGUGAUGGCAGUGCUAUGGAAAUUGUGGAGCAGCCCCGGAAGAAAAGAAAGCGCUGUGGGGUCUGUAUACCAUGCCUAAGAAAGGAACCGUGCGGAGAAUGUUACAACUGUGUGAACCGGAGUACCAGCCACCAGAUCUGUAAGAUGCGAAAAUGUGUAGAGUUGAAAAAGAGAAGAAUGGUUCCACUGAAAGCCGUGGAGGUUGUAAAUGACCUCUCCCAAAUUCUGCCGAAUGAGAAAGUGCAGAGCGUGAAGAGUUGUUCGGAAAGCACUUCUGUUGAUGGACCCGAAACAGACCAAAUGGAAACGGGGCCGGUUAAUCAUGUUGAAGAAGGAAGGUUGAAGCAGGAAUGUGAUGUUGGGCUACUGAAUAGGCGAUGUGAAGAUUUAGGAAAUCGAUUGUUAAUGGAACCAAAUUCGUGGCUGUCUAACACCCCUCUUCCCCAAGAUUCUGGUGAUAAAAUAAAUUGGGAAAAUUCUUCCAUCCUCAAUCAUGCUGCUACUAACAACAGUUCAAGUCUAGAAGAUGCCAAAAACCUAGUAGCGUUUUCUGCUGUGGCCGAGGCCAUGUCCUAUGGCAUACCAGCAUCCGGGAAUCCCUCAAUGGUAUCAGUGCAGCUAUAUGAAAAGUUUAAUUAUGAAAUGAACCGUGAGAGCUCUAACCUCCCUGAAAGCAAAGCCCCAUCUUGCCCUGAAGAUCUAAAUACUUUAAAAGCAGCUCUGGAACUCGCAAAGCAUGGCGUGAAGCCACCUAACUGUAACUGUGAUGGACCAGAGUGUCCAGACUACCUGGAGUGGCUAGAGAACAAAAUCAAAUCUGCUGUCAAUGACCAUCCAGAUAGCUCACACCACCAUCUGAGUCAAGUCAGCAGAGAGUUGGUUGAGAAGACCUACUCUAAAGAACAGGUGCUUGCCCUUGAAAAUAAUACAGCAAAAUGUCCUUCUGGUGUACUCCCCUUUUCUCAGAAUGCAUUGAGCAUUGCAAAGGAGAAGAAUAUAAGUCUCCAAACAGCAAUUGCCAUUGAAGCUCUUACACAACUUUCCUCUGCACUUCCACAGCCAAACAAGGAUUGCCCCAAAGGUGCAUUACCGGCCUCUUUAGCUCCCAAUGAUCAUCUAAGCUAUUUUCCACCUGCUAAGGGUAAUCAGGGUCAUGUAUUACCAAUGUCCUGCAAUGACCUGUUCCAGAAUCCGCAGUCCCAAUUAUACACUGGUAAAAAUGCACUUCCCAUGUCGCAGGCCUCUUGGCAAACUACUUGGGAACAAGACAAAAAGGCUACUUAUCCAGAUAGGCAAUACAUUCCAGAGGACAAUCGCUCUCGUGGUGCUCCCAUGCUGCAGAGUCCGAUAUCUACCCCACAAAAAUCUGAAUUUAUGCAGCAAUGGGAUCAAGGACCAGAGCAACUAAAAAUAUCUUCAGAUCCUAUGACUGGGUUGAAGCAGUUGCUUGGGAAUACAGAUGAUUACAUUAAGUCAGUGUUCAAAGGUCCUGAGUCUUUACCCCCAAAAGUUAAAAAGUCAAAAAGCUCUGUAAAGAAAGAAGCAGCAGCAGCAGCAGAGUAUUACAAAAUGUCACCAACCCAACAACUCUCUCAACUGUUUCAAGAACCAAAUUUCCACAAGAGUGCUCAGGUUGCAUUACAGCAGCAUCUUCACCAUAAACGCAACCUCUUUGUAGAUUCCAACCCCAUGCAGGAAGGUCCACAAGAACAACCCAGUUGGUGGGUGCCAAACUCCCAAAAGGUUCCAAAAACUGCAGAUAAACCAGUAAAGGAGAGAAAAAAAAGGGUGCAGUCGCCUUCGCAAAAACAAACUGAGCCGAAAGUUAAACCGCCUCGAAAGCAAAUACAGAUUAAGAAACCCAGGCAGAAAGAUGGCCAUGCUGUAUUUUUACCAAUGAGCCAAAUCAAAAUAGAAGAUUUUCGCCGAGCUGAAAAUGGAGACAGUCCGCAACAAGAGAAGACCGAUCACUCUUUUCUUAAUGACAUCAAGUCAAUGGUGCUUACACCACAGUCUGCAUUACAGGCUAAUCUUGACCGCAGAUAUACUUUAAAUACUCAGGAAAUGUGCGCUGUAAAUCAGCCUAAUAAUGGGCAAGCCAAUGGUUUCUCACUUCAUGACGAUAAUAGCUUUGGUCUUAAAGAUACAUGCCCCACAUCUUCCAUGGAUGAUACCAACUCUAGCUCCGGGCAGAAUGACUCUAUCAGUCAGCAGGCCAGUGCAGGACAUGUUUCUGUUCAAAAUGAUCUAAUUGAUGACAAAUUUGAUGAUUUAUUUCGUCAGUUUGAAGCACAGUUAGGUAAUGGCCUCUCGCUACCAAUGACAGAGAUGCCACCUCAUAAUGGUGAAGGUCCCCCAAAGCCAACAAUGUCUGAGUCACAGGCCAAACCUACCUUCCCUCCUCAAAUGCUACCAACUGAAAACUCCUCAAAUUCUGACACCGCUCAUUCAGACAUGCCUUUACCACAGGAAAUGUUGCCGAAUUUUGAUGGUCUAUUUCCAUCAAGGCCUAAACAGAUCAAAGUUGAGUCUUCUGGUGCUAUUACAGUGGUGUCCACCACGUGCUUCUACUCAGACGAAAACCAACAACUUGACGGAACUCCUACCAAAAGUGAUCUGCCUUUUAAUCCUUCUCUUAGUGGGUUUUUGGAAUCUCCAUUGAGUUAUUUAACUUCUCCGACCAAGAGCUUAUUGGACACUCCAGCUAAAAGGGCUCAAGCUGAAUUUCCAACAUGUACCUGCGUUGAACAAAUAAAUGAGAAGGAUGAAGGACCAUAUUACACUCACCUCGGGUCCGGACCAACCGUGGCUUCCAUUAGGGAGUUAAUGGAAGAGAGGUAUGGAGAGAAAGGGAGUGCAAUCCGCAUUGAAAAAGUCAUUUACACAGGAAGGGAAGGGAAGAGCUCCAGGGGAUGCCCCAUUGCAAAAUGGAUCAUCCGCCGGCAGAGCGACGAAGAGAAGCUCAUGUGUUUGGUUCGGCACCGAGCUGGCCAUCAUUGUGAGAAUGCGGUCAUUAUCAUAUUGAUCAUGGCUUGGGAGGGAAUCACCCGUUCAUUGGGUGAUAAGCUGUAUCAAAACAUCUCCGAAACCAUCACCAAAUAUGGAAACCCAACAUCCAGAAGAUGCGGCCUGAAUGAUGACCGGACCUGUGCGUGCCAAGGCAAGGACCCUAACACCUGCGGUGCCUCUUUCUCCUUUGGGUGUUCAUGGAGCAUGUACUUUAAUGGCUGCAAGUACGCUCGCAGCAAGAUCCCAAGGAAGUUCAGACUGGUUGGGGAUAAUCCCAAAGAGGAGGAAUGUCUCAAGGACAACUUCCAGGAACUGGCUACAAAGGUUGCUCCGGUUUACAAGCAGCUUGCUCCACAGGCUUACCACAAUCAGGUUAACAAUGAAGAAACAGCAAUAGAUUGUCGGCUCGGAUUGGAAGAGGGGCGUCCAUUCUCCGGGGUGACAGCAUGCAUGGAUUUCUGUGCCCAUGCUCACAAGGACCAGCACAACCUCUACAAUGGUUGCACUGUGGUCUGCACUCUGACAAAGGAGGACAACAGGACAGUUGGUAAGAUCGCUGAGGAUGAACAGCUCCAUGUGCUGCCACUGUACAAAAUGGACACCACAGAUGAGUUUGGGAGUGAAGAGGGCCAGGAAAUAAAGAUCCAGAAAGGAGGAAUACAGGUGCUAUCUUCCUUCCCCCGCGAGGUCCGUAAACUCUCCGAACCUGCCAAGUCCUGCAGGCAGCGGCAGAUGGAAGCCAAGAAGCUGGCAGCUGAAAAGAAGAAACUCCAGAAAGAGAAGCAGGCAACCCCGGAUAAGGCCAAGCAGGAGCCAGCAGACAUAGAGACCCACCAACAGAACCCAGGUAUCCCUCAGCAACAGGUAAAGCCUUGUAUUAAAGUGGAGCCAACCAAUCACUACAGUUCCUUUAAGUAUAACGCAAAUGGAGUUGUUGAGAGUUACUCCGUGUUGGGCAGCUGCAGGCCUUCCGAUCCCUACAGCAUGGACAGUGUUUACUCCUACCAUUCUUUCUAUGCACAACCACCUAACCUGCCUUCUGUGAAUGGCUAUCAUUCAAAAUUUGCUCUUCCUUCCUUUGGAUACUACGGAUUUUCCAGCAACCCUGUGGUCCCUUCUCAGUUUGCAAAUUAUGGUUCCCCUGAUACGAGGACUGGUGGGUGGAUGAGCAACACAUUUGAGAAAAAGCCUGAAAUGCAGUCAAUGGCUGACAGCAUGAACCAUGGUUAUGGAAAUGAGUUAUCGGAGCAAAGUUAUGGGAGAGCGCAACAGUACAGCCUGCCAGAUCCACUCAGCCAGAAAUCAUUAGGCACCCCCCACCGGACUACUCCUGCUCCAAUGGAUACCAGUCCAUAUUCUCCCUGUUUCAGCAAAAUCAUUAAGAAGGAGCCAAUCGGAGAUUUCUUGCAUGAUCCCUUUCAGAGGGCUCCCAGUGUCCAUUCUCAGAGCCCUGCUUUGAAUCUCUCAUUACAGAAAAGUGAUCAAUCUAUUUCCUACAAAGCAAAUGGUGUGUUUUCUUCUGAAAGACCAAGUGCAGAUAUAUCCAAUAUGUUUAUGACCAGUGAGAAAACUAGCUUACCAAACGGUCUAGAUAAGAGAGACUAUUAUGGUGUCCAAGCGAAUAGUGUCGGAUUGAAGAACUUCCAUGGACAGAAUAAGCAGUGGGGUGCAUACGGGAUUGAUACUCAGGCAGGACAACGUGACUCAAACACUCCAGGGAAAGUGUGGAGCUCAUGCAAGCUUAGUGACAGCUUUGCAAACACUCAGGAGAAGAACUGGAGUGGUGGACGAGCCAUGAAGGAGACUGCAAUGUUCCAGGAAAAGCUCUGGAAUUCAGUUGCCGGAAGCGAUAGGUGCAGUGUAACACCUAGUUCCGGCAUGCAGCAGAAGCCAUGGAACAUGUUUUCUGCUCCAGCCACUCCAUCUACCCCCUUGAAAACAGAUACCUGGGACCCCUACAGUCUAGAUGAUAACAUGGAAGAAACCCCUGUGAAGAAAGAGGAGGAUGACGAGGAAGUCUGGUCGGACAGUGAGCACAAUUUCCUUGAUGAAAACAUUGGUGGGGUUGCAGUAGCUCCAGCCCAUGGCUCCAUUCUCAUAGAGUGUGCACGGAGAGAACUUCAUGCCACCACACCUGUAAAGAGGCCUAAUCGCUGUCAUCCAACCCGAAUCUCCUUGGUAUUCUACCAACACAAGAACUUAAAUCAGCCUAACCAUGGAUUGGCACUUUGGGAAGCCAAAAUGAAACAGCUGGCAGAGAGGGCACGGUUAAGGCAGGAGGAGGCUGCCAGGCUUGGCAUCAAGCAAGAAGUCAAAGGCUUUGGCAAAAAGAGAAAGUGGGGAGGUGCUACCACUACAGAGACCCCACCUGUUGAUAAUAAGGACACCAUCCCAACUCGUCAAACAGCUACUCUCCUAACAAACUCUUUCACAACAUCAUCUUCGUAUGCCUAUACCAAGGUUACGGGACCAUACAGCCGCUGGAUAUGAGAUUAAAACAGCUACCAUUGUGGCCAUUGUACCUCAGCUAAUUGACAGCACUGUAAUAUAUGGUGCUAUUUUUGGUGCUUUUUCACAUGUGUACAACAGGAGAAUUUUGGUUAUGUACACGUCUCCCAGGACUUACCCUUGAGCAAGAGAACUAUUACUGUAUAAUGUUUUUAUUUGUUUUUGUUUUUAUUCCCCCCAUUUUAAUCUUAAAAAGAUUUAUAUCUGCAUUUUUAAGCCUAAUGUUGUACAACAAAUGACAGGAAAACACACAAAUCAUGGCAUCCUUUUUUAACUGCAUUCAGACAUAUAUUUAUUGGAUUUUUAUAGAACAGCGAUGGUGCAUAAUUUAUAGGCCAUUCUCAUCUGAAUUGGUCUUUUUAGCUACUAGGAAUCACAGGUGCCACACCGCCGGAAAAACAUCCGCUUGCAGUUCACAUUGCGUCAGUCUUGUGGAUGGCGGUAGUGACUUAUUCAUAGCAGCGCGCUAGAUCAUGGAUAGACCGUCUCUAUGCUAAUGAGGGAGAUCAAUAAUUAUCAGCUUGUUUGUCUAUCAUCAUGCAAAUACAGAACUACUGCAGGGUAUAGCUGUUGGCCUACAGGGCAGGAAUGCAGAUGUGCCUGACGAGACAACUGCUUCAAAUAUAUUUAUGAAAUCAAUGUUAUUUAAAGCAGCAAAUUUGUAACAUUUUAAAUAUAUUUAUAAAACCUAAUUACUUGAAAUAACUAUACUUUGCGCACUGCACAUACAGAGUGCUUUCUCUCUCCCUCACUUUUUAUGCACCAUUGAAUUACAUGCUAGAAAUUAAGUAAAUACAAUGAUUCUCUAGGUGGGAGGUGAAACCUUUUUUUUUUUUUAUUUACAAUAUUUGGUAUCUUAACAACAUUAUUUGCUGCUAGUAUUUUUAUAGUACCAAAAGUAAAUGAAAAAUUAUCAGAAUGCCUCGAGUCGCUUUACGUACACAUCUGUUUUCCUGUCCUUGAGGUAGGUUCCUAUGGAGAGGCAUGCAUCUACAAUCUCUGGGGCAGAUGUAUUAAGACUGGAGAAGUGAUAAAGCAGUGGUAAGUGAAGGUGAUAACACACCAGCCAAUCAGCUGCAAUAUGUAAAUGAACAGUUAGGAGCUGACUGGCUGGUGCUUUAUCACCUUGCACUUAUCACUGCCUCAUCACUUUUCCAGGCUUAAUACAUCUGCACCUCUGUGUGUCCGGGCUUUACCACUGCAGUAGUUAACCAGAUUUUAUGAUUUGACUGAAUGGAAGGGCUGCUGCCUCUCUUAUCGAAUUAAAACUGUGAAUAUGUACCAUCAUUCUCUAUAUUUUACUGUCAUGGUGCUGAGGUAUUCUCUGUUUCACUUAUAUUACUAGGACUGCCAUGCAGACCAAAAUAUCCUGGAUAUUAUUUUACUUUGGCGUUUCCCACUGAAUAUCGCUAUGUGACUACAGGAUAGCUCAUUGUAUAUGUGUUUAUAAUUGGUUUUAAUUUUUUUUAUUUUUUUUAGAAGAGGCGGUUAGGGGGGUAGGUGGGUGUUGCUUUAUCUCCACAAUAAGCCAGUCAAUUAUUGCAAACUAGUGGUGCUAGAAUAUAUACAACAGCAACACCUAUUUUUUUGGGGGGGGGGGCCUGGAUAUUGCAGGUGCUACAAAGAAUAAGUAAUUAAAUAAAAGUAUUUUUUAUGAACAUAGUUGAAUUAAGACUAUUUAGAUUUUUUAAGGAGGUAAAUGUAAUAGUUUCUAGAUUGGAUAAGGUUGCCAGGUUGUGCCGGAGAUGAUAAAUAAUGAACAUUGCACCUAUACUAUUGACCACUCCAGUUGUCGGGUGGUUAAUAGCACACCGAAUGUAAAUCCAAUAAUAAGUCAAAUUUUUUUUACCAUUGUUAUUAUUUUGUUGUAUUAGGUGUAAAAUGCUCGGGAACAGACCCCAUGUCUGAGUUUCUAAAACCGUCAGUCUGUAAAUAGCUUUCCUUUUUUUUUUUUUGCCUGUUUUAUAAUUUCAUUUUAAAGCACUUUUUAUCCUGCUGCGAACAUUUUGAAAUAGAUAAUGGGAGAAUUGUAUAUAGAGGUAGAAUAUUUAACGCAAUGUGUCCGUCCUACCGAUUGCUAUAUCUGCUUUUAUAUAUAUAUAUAUAAAUAUAUAUAUAAAUAUAUAUAGAAUUUUCCUCUUUUGUUGUAAUUUGUAAACUACACAAAUGUUGCUAUUGUACAGUUUAAAGCAGCAGUUAGCGAAAAGGAAGAAUAAAAUGCCACUCCCCAAACCCCCACAUGAAAUGCCUGUACAGCACUAAAUGAAUGAUACUGAGUAUCUGAACAUUACCUUUAUGAGAGAAGCCAAGGCUCAGAAGUUAAAUCUCUAUCUCCACAAAUUUGUUCUUCUGAUGAUUAAGAUUACCAAAUAUUAGGUACUAUUGACUGAUAUAUUUGGUGAACAAGACCUAGUCAUAUUGAUGCUAAAUUUCAAACACAUUUACAGUUAUCUGCUUUUUAAUAUCCCUCUUUUACAUUUGACAGAUGACAUCUUAUCAGUACCGACAUAAAUUCACCUUUAACAAAUGCGGCAUUGAAGGCCACAUAGGUUAUAUAUAUAUAUAUAUAUAUAUAUUCCUUCCCCCCAAACCAACACCCCUUCCGGGCUCAAUAUAGUCAUGCACAAAACACGGCAGUGGUGUGAAGCCGAACCUGUCCAAUUUGAUUGACCACACAUUUCACCAGAUUGGAAGGUGAUACUCGCAUAUUGGCUGAGCAGCUGGAUGGGUCAAUGUCUAGAAAGAUUGUUAGAACACAGGUUCUCAAACUCGGUCCUCAGGACCCCACACGGUUCAUGUUUUGCAGGUCACCUGUAGAUUUUUUAAAUGUGACAGUUGGUCAUACACAGUGCACCUGCUGGGUGACAUGGAAAACAUGAACCGUGUGGGGUCCUGAGGACUGAGUUUGAGAACCACUGUCUUAGAACAAUAGCUUGCACUCAGCUGCAUAACAAGUAUAAAUACAGUGCCAAGAAUCUUCAAUUCUGUCUAGUUAUGGUAACAUUUACAUAUAUAUUUGUGAAUAUGAAAUUGUUUUUCAUAUUGGAUUAGUUUUAAUUUUAGAUUUAAGGUCCUUCAAAAGGAAUAGGGCUCUCCAAGUAUAUGCGUUAAUUAAAUAUUUUAUCGGCCAAAUUAUAAAACAUUUGCAAUGUUCAUCUAGGGAGGUUUAAAAUAUGUAGGUCAUGUCUGCAUUUUAUCAUUAAUUUUAAACAUUUUAUUGCUCUUUUAGUCUAUGAACCAAAUUUAUAAUUCCAGAUUUUCCAAUUUUAGCUUUCAAGUAAUUUUUUAAGGACACGUAAGAAAAUUGGUGCAUGUUACUAUGUAAAAAGAUGUAAUUAUUAGCACCUUAUUUGUUGUAAUUGAUUUUAAGGUGCGUUUACUAUGGUGAGAGCACAUUUUUGCUAUUGGUUUUCACCUCCUUCAUCUCCACCCCAUUCUCCUGCUAGUUUAUAUGUGUCCUGUUAUGAAGUGGGCAAGGACAAAAUGACCUUUAACCAAUCAGGUCAUUGGAAUUGUCCACAUUUUAGGGGAUGAGUGUUCUCAUCUUGUGCAAGCCAAUUACAUGUCUGCUGGUGUUGUUACAUAGGGCAGUAUCAUAAUGUGAGGAAGGGGGUGAGAUCAACUGGAAUCCCAAGACUGAGGGACAGUGGAAGGAGCAAGAUCCCAUGACCAUGCAGAAGUAAUGUGAGACUAGUGAUACAGGAUGAAUGUGAUGUAAAACUCACCCACUGCAUGAAAUGAAGUUCAUACAUACAUACAAAACAAGUACAGUUAUGAAAAUUAAAGUAAACAUCUAGUUGCUAAGGGUUACAACACCUGUUUUGCAGUCCAUUGUGCACCUAUUUUCAUAAAUGUCCCAACAGGUCCUGUUAAUGAUGACAGAUUGAAAAUAAAUAUUAAAAGCAUAUAUUUUUCA